AUGGCGGAGAAGCUUUCCUUCCAUCAUGGCUUGAGAGCAGAGCCUGAGCUCUUUGUCUCCAGGCUCUGCCACCUUCUUACCAACGUAGGCUCCUCUGGAUUCACAAAUGCAGAUAACUUUACUACUGUUGCCACGAAGUCACCUACUGCAUUGAUACCUUCGACUGUUUCUACAAAUGUACCCAGCCAGGAAACCAUAACACCAAGUACUCAUGAAAAUACCACCCACCACUCUGUCUUUCAGGACAGCAAGGGGACCACAGCAACCAUCUCAGAGCCUACAUCCAACUUUACAUCUACCUCUGAGAUCACCACAGUUCCUGAAAACGUGAAUUCUUCUGUCCAGACACAGACCUCUUUAGCCAGCACAGUGUCUUCCACCCUAACCAACUUUUCAACUUCAGAGAUGACCUUGAAGCCCAGCGUGUCACCUGGAAAUAUUUCAGACCCCACAUACAAUAACACCAGUCCUGUGACAUAUACCAUUAAACCCUACGCAUCGUUUUCUUCUACCCCAAGUACCAUUAAGGGAGAAAUCAAAUGUUCCAAAGUCAAAGAAGUGAAAUUGGCCCAAGCUAUCUGCCUGGAGCGCAAUGAGACCUCCAGCUGUGAGGACUUUAAGAAGGACAGUGGAGAGAAACUGAUCCAAGUCCUGUGCGAGAAGGACCAGGCCGAGGCUGGGGCCGGCGUGUGCUCCCUGCUCCUUGCCCAGUCUGAGGUGAGGCCUCAGUGCCUGCUGCUGGUCCUGCCCAACAGAACAGAACUUUCCAGCAAGCUCCAACUUCUGAAAAGUCACCAGCCUGACUUGAGAAAGCUGGGGAUCCAAGGCCUCACGGAACAAAAUGUUGGGAGCCACCAGAGCUAUUCCCGCAAGACUCUGAUUGCACUGGUCACCACGGGGAUCCUGCUGGCUGUCUUGGGCACUACUGGCUACUUCCUGAUGAACCGCCGCAGUUGGAGCCCCACAGGAGAAAGGCUGGGCGAAGACCCUUAUUACACGGAGAACGGUGGAGGCCAGGGCUAUAGCUCAGGCCCUGGGGCCUCCCCUGAGGCUCAGGGAAAGGCCAGUGUGAACCGAGGGGCUCAGGAGAACGGGACCGGACAGGCCACAUCCAGAAACGGCCAUUCAGCGAGACAACAGGCGGUGGCUGAUACCGAAUUGUGACUCUGCUGGGUGGGCGAGGCUGGGCAACGUCUGGGGAAGGGGCCCUCCUUGCACCUGGCCACAUGCUGCCUCCCUGCUGGAGGUGCCAUCCCUGGCCUUCCUCCCUUUGCCACUGUGCACACCCUCCAAGGCCGUUCUUGGGGCCCCGCGCUGCACCACAGAGGGGUUCUCUCCCCCUUGGGGAGAGGCAGAUAACCCUGCCCUUUACGCAUUCAGCUCCCUGAACCUAGACUCUGGUCUUCUUUGAGUAAGGAUGUGAUGGGGAAAAGCCAAAGUUCAGAGAACUUUGUAACAUUCAGGCCCCUUGCCUCUCCCUCUUCUCUGCCUCAUUACGGGAACUCCCCGGAGAAAGCGUGGGCUUUUCUGGGCUACCAUUUCCUCCCAGGAGCCUUUGCCUUUUACUGUUUCUUCCUUAUAUUUUCUUUCUUUACGGAAACCAAAGCAACCCACUGCGCCUGCUCCUUUGUAAUGAUAUAGCCAGAAAAAUGUGUUGUCUUACACCAUGUACCUUAUGCCCCUCUCAGUCACUGUGGAUCCAGUCACCAGCUUCCCUCUUGCUCUCCAAGAUCCCCCUGAGCUGCACAGGUUCCCCCCUGAGCUGCACAGUCCCCCCCCCCGGCUGUGUACAGAAGCUUGUGCAGCUUUCUGGCUGAGCCCGGAACUGGGCUCCGAGUGUUAGGGCAAUGUCUCUGUGUUUGGAGACAGGGUGGAGGUGGGUGGGCACACGUGUUCCCACCCGUGGGGGCAAAUGGAGGAGAGCAAGCGGCUCAGUCCUGGUCUGGAACCUCGCAGAGCCUCUGCUCAGGCUCCGCUUUCUCCCAGCGGUCAGGGUGGACAGGAACACGGGACCACAUCAUUGAGCCAAACGUCUUGACCUGUGCGCAUCUCAGGAAGCCUCUUGCUCUUUGGCUAGGCCCUGGCCUUAUCCUCUGGUCUCAAUGGCUUCCUCUCCCCUCCCCCUGAUUCCUGGGGUGAGCUGUGUCCUCAGUCCCCAGCAGACUCCCCUUGUCCCUGCCUCCCCCACACUGACCCACUUCACAGCUCUGCAAACCCUUGUGGUCAGAGCCCUCGGACACCUCCAAAGGACACUCACCACAGGCCGCCUCCUUUGUGGGUGACUCAGGUCCUCACUUUUGUUUUUGUUUUAUUCCAGAGGGGUGAGCAGGGAUCCCGAUUUCAAUGACGGUUGGAAAUAGAACUUUCCAGAAAUAGGAAGAUUGGGUAGAUUUUUUUUCUGAAUAAAAAAUGGUGUCUAAAUACUGUAAUUAAAGUUAUAGUGAAACACA